GCAGGAAGCAGGCCUUCUCGCCGGCCUUCUCAUCCCUGGGCUUUCUCCCCGCGCCGCCUCCCCGGCUCCUCGGAGGGUUUCGUCCUUCCGGACGCGGUGGCUGAACGUGGGCGGCUCGCGCUCCGGGCUGGAUUUCCGAUUCUCCUCAGCUCGCCGGCUGCUGGGAUCGCUGAGUUCCGGCCUCCCUGGGGCCAUGUCUUCGGGGCAAGUCCUCGUCCCUCCCCGGGGCAGGUGCUGUGACCCAUGCUGUCCCUGCUGAGCUGCACUCCGCCCGUGGUGGUGGCCUCGGCAUGGCGGUGCCCCCGGCUCCGGAGGGGAGCAUGCCUGUCCCCAGCUCUGGCUCCGAGGUGGAGCCUGAAGGGAAGCCUCCGCUGGCCUGGACCCCCCUGCUUGGCCACCGCGGUGAGAAGAUCCUGUUUGGCAAGAGCGAGAGUGGCCCUGAGGGGAGCCUGCUCGCCAUCACCAUCACCGAGACCACCGUCAUUGAGUCGGACCUGGGCCUGUGGAGCGCGAGGGCGCUGGCCUACCUCACGCUGUGGUUCUUCUUCAGCUUCUGCACGCUGUUCCUCAACAAGUACAUCCUGUCGCUGCUGGAGGGCGAGCCCAGCAUGCUAGGCGCCGUGCAGAUGCUGUCCACCACGCUCAUCGGCUGUGCCAAGGUCUUCGUCCCGUGCUGCCUGCACCAGCACAAGCCCCGGCUGUCCUACCCGCCCAACUUCCUCAUGACCAUGCUCUUCGUAGGCCUCAUGAGGUUGGCGACGGUGGUCCUGGGCCUGGUCAGCCUGAAGAACGUGGCUGUGUCCUUCGCGGAGACGGUGAAGAGCUCGGCCCCCGUCUUCACCGUGGUCAUGUCGCGCAUGAUCCUGGGCGAGUACACUGGGCUGCUGGUCAACCUGUCUCUCCUCCCAGUUAUGGGAGGGCUGGCGCUGUGCACCGCCACUGAGAUCAGCUUCAACCUCCUGGGCUUCUCGGCUGCGCUGUCCACCAACAUCAUGGACUGUUUACAGAAUGUGUUUUCCAAGAAGCUGCUCAGCGGGGACAAGUACCGGUUCUCGGCCCCGGAGCUUCAGUUCUACACCAGCGCAGCGGCCGUCACAAUGCUCAUCCCUGCCUGGAUCUUCUUCAUGGAUGUACCCGUGAUGAGCAGGAGCGAGGGGAGCUUCCGCUACAGUCAGGAUGUGGUGCUGCUGCUGCUGGCGGACGGCGCCCUGUUCCACCUGCAGAGCGUCACUGCGUAUGCCCUCAUGGGCAAGAUCUCCCCGGUGACAUUCAGUGUCGCCAGCACCGUGAAGCACGCCCUGUCCAUCUGGCUCAGUAUCAUCGUUUUUGGCAACAAGAUCACCAGCCUGUCUGCGGUGGGCACCGUCCUGGUGACGGUGGGCGUCCUGCUCUACACCAAGGCCCGGCAGCGCCAGCAGGAGGCCAUGCAGAGCCUGGCCACGGUCACCAGCGGAGCCCCAGAGGACGGUGCGGAGCCGUUGGUCCCCCAAGACCCCAGGCCACACCACUGAGCUGGGCCGUGGCCGCCCUGAGCAGGAGCGACUGCCUCCCUGUCUGGAGCCCCCAGCAGGGGCGUGGUGUCCCUGGAUGGUGCCUGCCGCGAGCUAGUGAGAUCCCACACCAGCUAGCACAGGCGUCCAAGCCACAGCCUGGAGUCCAGCCCAGUGUCGCCCUGUGGUCCCACGGGGGCAGAGGGCUCCCGUGCCUAUGGCCUGGCACAGCAGACUUGCUGGGAGCCAGGGCCGCUGCACUGAGGGUGGGACUCGGUUCCCUCCUGCCCUAGAACUGUGCCCGAUCCCAGUGACACAGGAGGGCUCAGGUGUGACAGCUGUCCCUCGAAGGGAACCCCACUGUCCCUUCCCUGGCCUGCGCUGAGCCCCCACCUGCCUGCGGCCUGUCCCUCACCAGUGGCAAGCCCUACCCGCUGGGUGAUGAUAAAUCUCUGCCAUUCUGUUCCUGUGGGGACACCAGAGGGGGAGCCGGGCUCACCUCAGCCCAUGCCCUGCAGGCAGCCCAUCUGCUGAGCGUCUUGCAGGUGAUAGACUAAAAGUGUUUUGUCUUUUAUACCAGGAAUGGAACUCAGGACUUCACCCUUGCCAGGCAGGCGCUGCAUCAGUGAGCUAAACCCCGUCCGGUCCUGUUUAUGAGACAGGGUCUCACUAUACAGUGCAGGCUGCCCCCUGAACU